CACCCCUGGCCCCUCCCACUCCCCCGCCAUUGGCCGGCCGGUUUCUAAGAAGGAAUUUAAAAAGGAGGCCUUGGUUUUGCAUCGCUUAGGCUCCAAGAGGACAAGAAGACGGAAAGGCAUCCCUCCCACAGCCUUCUUCCCCGCCGCUGCCUGGCCUGAACAUGCAGACGUCCCAGGCUCUGUACUCUUUCUGCAUCUUCUUCCAAGUCUUCCUCCCUUCUGGGCGAGGCUGGCAAGUGCUUAAAAACGAUGCCACGGAGAUCGUGCCCGACUUCCCGGAGAAUACCGAGCCACCGGCCGAGCAACCGUACGUCCAGAGUGACAACGACACCAUGAACAACCGGGCGCAACAAGGAGAGAGGCACCUGCAACUUGCCCUGGGCAGGACGGAACCACUGGAGUUCAGCUGCCGGGAAACAUACUCGACCCGCUACAUCACCGACGGUCUGUGCCGCAGCAUCAAGCCGCUAAGAGAGCUGGUCUGUUCCGGUCAGUGCCUCCCCUCCCACCUCCUCCCCAACUCCAUCGGCAAGGGGAAAUGGUGGCGGCAGAACGCUUUGGAUUACCGCUGCAUCCCGGCGCACAGCCGCUCUCAGCGUCUCCAGCUGGCCUGCCCUGACGAGGAGCUGCGGACUAUCAAGAUCAGAGCCGUCACCGCUUGCAAGUGCAAGCGCUACACCCGCUACCACAACCGCUCCCAGCUCAAGGACUUCAGCAAAGAGGCCGCCCGGCCCCAGAAGAACAAAAAGCCACGUCUCUCCAGGGCCAGGGGCAGUAAGGCCAACCAGCCGGAGCUGGAGAACUCCUACUAAGCGGAGGGGCCGUCGGCGAGGCCCAGCCCAGAUUUUUGUUUUCUGCAUGGCCCACCCUCCCUUUUCGUUGUUGUUGAUGGCGAAUGGAUAAACAUGGAAUGGAGUGAGCGGGGGAUGGUGUCGAGGGGUCUUCAUGGCCACUGCCCCGGUUGGAGGUUCAGAGCUCAUGCAGCCCAAAAGCUAUCCGACUCUUCUCAAGGUGGUCGGAUGAGAGAGGCGAAGGGUGGGGUGGGGUGGGGAAUGGACAGAGCGAACCUGAGCUGGAGGAAGCCUGAGAGAUGAGUCGCUCAGAGGGUCCGCAAGGGGUGGUGUGACUCGACAGGCCAAAGCGGGUGAGCAGGGCCCUCUUGUUCCACUGCCUCCCUCGUGAUUUCCUUGCCCUGACUCUGUUUGACAAAGGACUGGCGCCUCUCUGCGAAAGCAAACAUCAAUUUAGAACCAGGUGACAUCUCUCCAGGUGUGUGCUCACCUGCACGCCUUCUCUGCUAUCCUUGCUUUUUCGCAGGCCGCACAUUAAUGCGUCGCUCCUUGUUGUGCCACACAGCAUUGCCUGAACUAUUCGCUAAGCUCUUUGUCAGCAGGACGUAUUGGCUUCCUGUCCUGUGAUCUGUUGGGUUGCCCUUCCAUUCGCCAGGAGAAAUGGGGAGCUUCAAAAAAUUAAAAAUUAAAUCACGCCUUAUUAUACAGUGCCAAAUGCACACACGUCUUGGCACACAGCUCACUUUGCAGGGGCAAGUUGGACCAGGAAACUCAAAAGAAUGGGGGGGGGGAGUUUUUAAAACCAUGCCAUAUUGUACAGAGCCUGACUUCUAUAUAAACAUAGGGUGCUCGAAGGCUAGGUGGGGCUUGCUAUUUUAGCAUCAAAUAGUAUAUACCGUGCAGCAGCCUUUUACUAGUAUUCUAGGAGUCCCAGGUUGUUAUUGUUUUGUUUUAAAGGGAAAGGCAAAAUAAGUUUCUAGUCCUCAAAGUGGCAGAAAAAAAUAUUUCUUUUGGGACUGGGGGCGGUUUUAAUGAACACAAGGCGAUUCAGAGGGAAUCCAGAUUCAUUUGCUCCAGUCAAUUGGAUUCAAUCUGUUUGUGGAAAUAGGUUUCUAAACGUGAACCAGAUACGCUAGCUAUGCAGAAGUUAGAAGUCUGCCCCAUAAAGUUACUCCUUUCAUUUGUGAUGUGUUCAUCAACAGGUGCCUCAACCUCGGCACAUAUGGACCCACUCUAGUGCUCCCUUGUUUGUCUUGACCAUUUGUUGAUUCUUAGGGUGCCGUUGAUCUGGUACAACUCAGUAUAAUGUGCUUGUCGGUUUAGCCAUUAGCCACUUCCUCCCACCCCCUCUCUAGCCUUUGAUCUGGAUUAGAACUAGAAUGUUGUUUCUACAAUGCCAAUACACACCUGAUAUGCUUAAAAGCUGUUCUCUGCAACAAUGAGGGCUAGAAACCUUCCUUUAAAACACCGAGGAAGACCUUUCCUCUGCUGCUGCUGCAGCAGCAACAAUAACCAAGGAUAAAGAAUUUCCAUUGCACUCGUAGUGCUGCGAGUGUUGUUCAUCCCAAUAAAAACCUUUUGUGCAGGAAGUCAUAGAUAUUCCCAUUUUGCUCCAGCGAGGCUUGCAGUCCGAGCCUACGGGGACAAGUCUCACUGCAGUCAAAAGGGGCUUCCUCCAUUUGUGUUAGUUUUGCGUCCGUUACAAUCCUAUCCAUGCCUUCUCAGAAGUAAGUCCCGCUGAUUUCAGCAAGACUUAGGGAUUAUCCACACUUAACUUUCCUCUGCUCUUUCCAGGCGCGGUCCAUGCUUUAAUGCUCCGUGUCUGAGCAUCUUUUUUUCCUUCUUCCUCCAGAGGUUUUACAUGAAAACCCGCUCUUUAAAGCUGAAUUGGCACAAAUGGCAAUCUGCAGAAAACCCAAAUUGACAUUUGUUCCGACUGAGCGCCAAAAAGCGGGUUUUUGCAUGGAAAGCUCCAAGGCAAAAACAAAAAAUUGUUCAGAUCACAUUUUAAACCACAGACUUGUGCCUGGAAAGAGCAGGGGGGGGGGGGAGUUAAAAGACGAGCCCUGAGUCCUAAGUAAGUGGGCAUAUUUAGAGAUUGUGACUUGCCAGAAGGCACUCAAUAGACUUAUGGCCAAGCUAGGAUCUGAACCCCAACAAAGACCAAUAUUCUAUCCACUGGAGACCUAGUUCUAGAUGCCUCGUGGCUGAUCCAGAGAACUUUGAACGUGCUGCCAAUUCCGCCAUCACUGAAACAGGAAUUAAAGUAAUUUUCCAUUUAUGAAACGAGCAGCACCCAGGCCUCAAGCCUCCUCCUUGGAGUUCAUUCCCUCGACUUGGACAUCUCCCUCCCUAAAUCCAGAUGUGUGAGUUUCACUUAUUCGGCAGUGGGAAACAUGUGCUGCGCAUGAGCUCAGCUGUGGUUGGUUUAGUGCUCCCUUCCCAUUCGUUUAGCAUCCUCCAGGCAUCAACAUCUGGACAGCCCGUACUGAAUCCGCAGCACUUCCAGAUGUUGGAUGUCGCUGGCCUCCAAACCUGCUCUAAACGAGACAAAAUUCAGCACCUGGGCAUGUCCCUUCCCCAGUUGUUCCUGCUUCAUCAACUUGUAAGGUGUGUGUGUGUGUGUGUGUGUGUGUGGCCUUUAGGAUUUGUUUCCACUGGUGGACUUGGCAACGGAAAAGCUGCAUUUCCCAAGAUUAAAAUGGCAUAUUUAUUAUUUCCCUGUAAAAAGUAUUUAUGCUUUCUUUCUUCUUUGUUCUUCAUCAUCAUGUCGCAACCGGGCAAUCCUGCUCCUGAGAUAUUUAGCUUAACGUUUCAGAGUUAUACAGAUAUAUUCCUAAAAAGUAUUAAAUGAAUAAAGUC